AUGAGCUCGACUAUUGCCACCAGGAUUGGGGAAUCGAUUCCACCUAACACAAACCAUGCUGUGUCGGUUUGUUUGCCCACUUGGGAUGCUACAGUUGGUUACGAAGAGGCAGAUCCAGCUGUGGUGGACAAGAUGACUACUGGGUACCCCAGAUUCUUUAUUCAUAAGUCAAUCAAGCGGCUAUGUGAAGUGCUGGGUGACAAGUAUGCUAAAGAGAGUGAAACUUGUCUAUGUUUUCCGUCAUACAACGUUGCGAAGAGAUGUAGAGAAUUUAUAGUGGUGAAAGCUGCCGAAGAGGACGCAAACAAACCUCCCGUCAAGGUGAGGAUCCUUCAGUUGGCCACUUCGAAACCUAUGAAUGCAGAGGAAGCAAAAUGGAAACGAGAGUGUAAGAUUGCAGUGGUUUUUGCCGCGAAGGAACACUUCCCUUUAAUGAAGCAAUACUGGCAACACACUGGGGAGAUUAUUUCAAGCAGAUUGGCCGAGUAUGUGCUGCAUGAGUUAUUCAUUGUUGAAAGAUCAAGCCAGGCUGUUGAAACGAAGGAGAUACGCGGUGAAGAAGAGUUUAUAGAGCAAAGAUUUGGCAGAAACUUGGACUUUUCGUUGGCAGAUCACGCCAAGAUGCUGAUUAAGACACGGAUCGCGACGAAAGUUGUCGAAGAUGAGGACGUGGAAAGCGGCAACGGCCAGGAGGCUGUUCCCUCGUCUGAAGACCCAGUGGAGCAAAGUGCGGCGUUCGAUCAUAUGGAAACAAGAAUGCCCAUAGACGAAGUUCCAUCCACGAUUCCAGCGGAACCAAUAGAUGCUGUACAUGCUGUGGAAUCCUCCGAGGAAAACGACAGACGUCGAACAUUGCAUGUCAACCCAGAGACCGACGUCUUGCUUUUCCCCAGUGGUAUGGCAUCGAUCUUCACUGCACACAGGAUGCUGCUAAACUAUGACGCACAAAGAGUAAGUAGAUCACGAUUCAGCAGUUCCAAUGGCGGUGCCACCGCGGGAAGCCAAUCAUCAUCGUACUUGGUCGGGUACGGAGAGCCCUAUAAGAAGACUGUCAUGUUCGGUUUCCCAUACACGGACACUUUAAGCAUCCUACGCAAGUUCAACCACACGCAUUUCUUGGGCCAAGGUGAUUCGACAGCGAUGGAAGACCUCAAAAAGAUUUUGCAAUCUGGUGAGCAGAUCCUAGCGGUUUUUAUGGAGGCCCCUUCGAACCCGCUCCUAAAGAUGGGUGAUCUACUAGAGCUGCGUCAACUAGCAAACCUAUACGGCUUCUUCAUCGUAGUAGAUGAAACAGCAGGCGGGUUUGUUAACAUCGAUGUGCUACCUCAUGCAGACGUGGUUUGCAGUUCACUAACCAAGAUAUUUAGUGGUGACUCAAACCUAAUCGCCGGUUCUCUAGUACUGAAUCCGCAAGGCAAACUCUAUGAUUUUGCACAACAAUGGCUACUGGCUCAAAAAGAAUACGAAGAUACUUUGUGGUGCGAAGAUGCCCUCGCAUUAGAGCGUAAUUCACGAGACUUUGUUCAACGUACAAUCCAGGUGAAUCACAACACUGAAUACUUACUUAACAAAGUUCUUAUCCCGCUGGAGGGCAAAUUGUUCAAGAAGAUCUACUAUCCUAGCCUCACAUCACCUGAAACCAAACGCCAUUACGACGCAGUCAAAUGUUCUAUCGAUGCAGGCUACGGUGGACUCUUUUCACUGACUUUCUUCAACCUCGCCCAGGCGCGCGUUUUCUUCGACAGCUUACAACUAUGCAAGGGCCCUUCCUUAGGUACAAAUUUCACUCUGGCUUGCCCAUACGCCAUCCUAGCCCAUUAUCAAGAGCUCGAUGAAGUUGCCCGCUAUGGUGUCGAAAAAUCGCUUGUACGCGUAAGCGUGGGAUUGGAGAACCGCGAAUCACUAUGCCAGGUAUUCCAACACGCAAUCGCAGAAGCCCUCAAAAUCAGUACAGAUUGA